GUCCUCCGGAUGAUUUACGGUCCUUCUGACACCACCAGCAUGUCUGUCAUCAUGCUUCCGACAUCAGCGGCGCCGGGCCGGCCUGCGGAGCUGUCAGGGGAAAAAAAAAAAAACCAGACUACUGCCUAUUCUAUUCUAUUAUGUUCUAUUCUUUUCGUUUUUUUUUUUAUCUUAUCAGUUCCAACACUAUAUUCAUUGAUAACACACUAUAUAUUUUACUCAGUGCAGAUAUUGUAACAUUAUAUGAGGUAUUAAUGCUAUGUUUUUUAUUGAUUGAAUAGCCUACCCACACCUAUUCUAUUCUAUGUCUGUGUAACACGAUUUCACGUGUGUGCCUCUUUACUAAUACUAAUACCUAUUUAGUUCAAUUACAUUAUAGUAAUAUAGUCAUAUUAAGAUAUGUUAAUAUAAUAAUAUUAAAUAAUGUAAUACCCCAAUAGUUGUAUUCUACUAUGUUCCUAUUGUAAUGAGUAGUACUAGUCUAUAAUCUGUUCUAUUAAUUACAUAGUCUGUGAAUGUAGUCUUAUCUAUCUGUCUAUCUGUCUGACUGACUAUCUAUAUCUAUCUAUCCUCUUCUGUAUACUGCAUUCUAUAUUGUAUCCCUGUGAAAUAUGUCAGCUGUGUGCAAACCUAUAUUAAUGGCAACACUAUGCAGUUCAAAAGUCUUUAUAUAAUUGUAUAUUUUAGCCUGCCCUGUUUAACUGUUUUGUAAUACAUUAUUAAGCUGCGAUAAACCCCCAUAACUCUAUUCUCACAUUGAAAGAAGAUCUGACCCUUUUCUGUUAAAGAAUUUCAUAGGCUAUAGAUAGACCUACAUCUCUAUUCUAUUCUAUUAUAUAUGUCAAGGCCUGGUGGCUUGAAGGCAUAGCCUUCUAUUCUUAGAGGGGGGAAAACAUGAACGUAAAGAGCUUAAUUAGAGGCUUCAGUCGCCGAGUGUGUUGGUAGUUAGCUGCUGCAGGCAGAUCACGGGCUCCUGUCAAUAUGUGGGACACUUGGCAGCAGCUGUGUGGUGAGACGGGGCACUGGGUUACUGAGGUGUGUAUGUGCACAGGGAGGGGGGUCUUUACCCAUUUCAGACUGACACAAUGUGUUGAAAUGCAUCUCCUGCUCACACAAUCUGUGACAUUCAUCCAUGCAUGAGCUGUGUUUCAUGUGUUAAAUGAAGAAACAAAGAGCAGACUGCAUGCAAUUGAAUGGCCAUGAUACAGUUACUGAAUUCAGUUUAAAAUGGAAUCAGGCUGGUCUUGCACAGUGGACAACAAGGUUUACUAUUAUCUCUGUGGUGCCAAAUAAUCAGAGCUAAUAAGCAAAAAUGUAGAUGAUGAGCAAAUAUAAACACAAUAUACUGUAUAAUAGUGGUUGUGAAAGAAAUGUUAUUGGGUCUCUUUUAGGCCACAGUAACAAAAUAUACAACAGCACAAGAGACUGUCCACAGACAUUAUAUUCCCUUAAAGAUCAUUUUUAGUUCCACCUAUUUGCUGAUAAAUCAGUGACAUAAUAGCCGUGUGAAACAUUAAUAUAUAUUCAGUGGAUUUGAGCCAGAGAUACAUAGUCUGUGGAGUACAUGUACAUAAAGUUUUCACAAUUGAAUCUUUUGGCCUGAGAAUGAAAAUAAAUAACAUACUUUGAAAAUGAUGCAGAAUUUCAUAGAGCCAUUAGGAGGUUAUAGCAUCCUUUCUCCCUUGUUUUGACUCCCAUGGGUCCAAUAGGUCCCUACGUGCUGCACACAGAACAUUCAGGUUAAACACUGCUGUAGCAGGAAGUAGAUAGAGUUGUACACAUAGAUGAACCUCUGUUAUACCUCCAGUGAUUCCGAUACUGUGGAGCUGCUGUCUGUAUGGUUUGCUGCCAACAAACGCUGUUUGAAAAGUGAAUGACUCAACAGUCCUAAAGAUGCUGCAGUGCCUUCAGUGACUGUGCACACUUUGGCUCGUAUUAAUUCAAACAUUUCAUCCACAUCAUUCGGUGCUGCUGCACAGCGUUGUCUAUUUCUCCCGAAAGACAUCGCAGCUUCCUCCCAAAAAACGUUUUACAUGUUACAUGUCCAUUUUGUUCUUGAACCAAAACCCUGUUGACCUGCUAUAGGGCCCUUAUGUACAAUAUAAUGAACUGCAGACCUCAUCAAUAUCCACUGCAGCAAGCGGUUAGCAGAUCAUAAAACACCUGAAACUAUGAAAGGGAGCCUGACAUUAGUUUACAAUUGAUUGUAAAGUUAUAGGAGAAGUUAUAGAUGGGCCCCUUUCAGAAACCUUCUAUGAUGGCAGAACACUGGAGCCUAUAUUGUCAGACCGGAGACUCUGAAACCCAGUUAGCCUUUUAUAAAAACACUAAGCAAGAUGUUGUGUGGAACUUGAGAGCUUUUGUUUUAAUUAAGUAUACUGAUAUACGGACUGAUGUAUAGACUAAGCUAAUGGAGUAAAAGCCAAUCCCACCGCAAACCUCCAGCACCUCUGUGUAAAACACACACUGUUUUCACUGCUACCAGUGCAAUAAUGAUAUUUUGUGCUGCUGACGUCUGCAGACACGAGACACUUUCCCCACCACCCAAUUCCAUUCCCUCAUGUCAAUUUCUGUCCUUGUCUUUUUACAUUUGCAAGUAUUUUUGUUUCAGUUCGUGGUUCGUUUUGUAUAUAACAGAUAUAGCAGGUCUAUUUAAGUUUAUGCGGAGCAAUACUGGUCAGUACAUCACUUUGGUCCAGACUGAAAUAUCUCAACAACUAUUUGAUGUAUUGCACGGACAUUCAUGUUCUCUAGAGGAUGAAUCUUGCUGACUUUGCUGAUUGACUUUGCUGAUCCCUGACUUUUCAUCUUGUGCCACAAUUAGGUCAUGGUUUACACUUAACAUCUAGACACAAGUUGGUACAGAUGUUAUUGUUGGCCUCAGAAUGACAUGUAAUAACUUCCCUUCAUGUUCCUACCAGCGCCAUCAUCAGGUCAAAUGUGUAUUUGAUCAAUACUUUGCUUCAUAACCUGCAAAACCUAAGACGCCUCAGUUGUGUUUUCUGUUUAGUGUAAAUUAAACAUCUGCGUGUUAGCGUUGCCAUAAUGAGCAUGUUUGAACUCAAAUCACACUGUAACAUUACCUAUUUUAUCUCAUCUCAUCCACUCUGAUUGAAACGAGGAAGAUAAUGCAAAGUAAACAUGCAAAAUAGUACCGACUAGGGACAAGUCGGAUUGAUUAAUUGAUCAAAUUUACGAGCAGCACAUGAAGGCACCAUUCGUUCCGCUGGAGAUCCAGCCCCCUCGUCUCUCUCCGCCCCCUCCAAUGUGUCGGCCCGCCCGCGUGCACUGCUGCAGUGAAUUGGCUGCUGAUUCACCGCAGCGUCACUCUAUUUAAAUUCACUCAGACCGUCGCUGUCGGCAUCUUCUGCUGGCGUCCGAGAAGUUUGUGUUUAGACCGAACCAAAAAAAAACAAAAAAACGAACCCCUCCGGAUAAGGUGUUGUUUUACUCACGCAGGCUUGUUAGGUUUCAUCUUGCUCACCAUGUCUGCAGAGAAGCGGCGUAGCAGCACAACUCCGGUCCCGAUCAAAAACAUCGAGAGGGAGCUGAUCUGCCCGAUCUGUAAGGAGCUCUUCACCCACCCGUUGAUCCUCCCAUGCCAGCACAGCGUCUGCCACAAGUGCGUCAGGGAGCUGCUGAUGCUGAACCACGAGGACUCUUUUGAUGCCGGCUCCGAGUGCUCCCUGCCGGGCAGCCCCAGGUCCAGGGUGCCCUCCCCGUCCAUGGAGAGGCUAGACAGGCUUGUGAGAUCAGGUGGGUCUCGGGCCACAGUGCGAAGGUCGCUUGGAAGUCGAGGUAGACGGGGCCUCCGUGUUUUGAGUAGCUGUAGUAGCUCCAUCUCGUCCCCGGGGUGGCGCCGAGGUUCUGUGACUCCGCGGGUCACCUCCAUCCCAUGCCCGGGAUGCCAGCACGACAUCGACCUCGGCGAGCGCGGCAUCAGCAUGUUGUUCCGCAACUUUACCCUGGAGAACAUCGUCGAGCGCUACCGCCAGGCCGCCCGCGCAGCCAUCGCCAUCAUGUGUAACAUCUGUAAGCCUCCACAGCUGCAGGAGGCUACAAAGAGCUGCAUGGACUGCAAGGCUAGCUUCUGCAACGAGUGCUUCAAGCUGCACCACCCCUGGGGCACACCCAAAGCUCAGCAUGAGUAUGUUGGUCCCACCACGAAUUUUAGGCCCAAGGUGCUCAUGUGCCCAGAGCACGAGAUGGAGAAGGUGAACAUGUACUGUGAGGUCUGCAGACGACCCGUCUGUCACCUCUGCAAGCUGGGAGGAUCCCACGCCAACCACAAAGUCACCUCCAUGAGCAGUGCCUAUAAGAUCCUCAAGGAGAAGCUGGCCAAGAGUAUCCAUUACCUCAUCAGCAAAGAGGACCAGGUCCGGACUCAGAUUACUGAUCUUGAGCUGCUCGUCAGUCAGACCGAGGAAAAUGGACAGCUAGCAGAGCGUCACGCCAAUGAGCACUUUGAGCGCCUGUUUGAGACUCUGCAGGAGAGGAAGUCAGAGAUGCUGAAGUCGAUCGAACAGUCAAGAACCCGACGCCUGGACCAACUCAAGGUUCAGGUGGAGGAGUACCAGGGCAUGCUGGAGAACAGUGGUCUAGUGGGCUACGCUCAGGAGGUGCUGAAAGAGACGGAUCAGUCGUGCUUUGUACAGACUGCAAAGCAGCUGCACACCAGGAUCCAGAGGGCCACAGAGUCUCUGAGGACCUUCCACCCUGCGUCUGACCCCUGCUUUGAUGAGUUUGUGCUGGACACGUCCAGAGAGGAAACUCUGCUGAAAGAGAUGUGCUUUGGUGGAGUUCCAGACCCUCCUCUGAUUGACUUGUCCAAUAGCAGAGUCUAUAACGAGGCCUCGAUCUGCUGGAGGCUAUCCGAUGACCACCUGCCUACAGAUCACCACAUGCUUGAAUACCGCAGACUCGGGGGCCCGAGCAAGUCUCCGUCCCAGGAGGACAGUGAGGACAGUGGGGUCUGGAGGGCUACAGACAAGGUGUACGGUGCUAGCACUGUGGUGGGUGACCUGGACCCUGACAGCCUGUACUCCUUCAGGGUCCGAAGCUGCAGGAACUCCAUGUUCAGCCCCCACAGCCCCGAGGUCACCUUCCACACACCACCUGCACCUGCUUUUGGUUUCCUGUUCAGCGACAAGUGUGGCUUCAGUACGGAUCGCCUCAUUCUCAACAAGCGACGGGACACUGUGGAGAGCGUAGCAAGCAUGGCCUUCCUCCUUGCAGCAGAGCGUGUGCAGACGGGCAGCUACAUUGGCCUGGACUACAUAAUUGGGGACACGGGCAUCUCUCAGGGAAGACACUAUUGGGCCUUCAAGGUGGAGCCGUACUGCUACAUGGUUAAAGUUGGGGUGGCCUCUGACUCAAAGCUGCUUGAAUGGUUUCACAAUCCCAGAGACACCAGCAGCCCGAGGUGUGACCAUGAUAGUGGGCAUGACAGCGGCAGUGAAGACGCAUGCUAUGAGCUCUCCCAGCCCUUCACCCUCCUCACCAUUGGGAUGGGCAAACUCUUCAUCCCCAAGACUUCCUCAUCCUCCACAGCAAACGCAACGUCUGGAGACCCCGGCAACCGCGUGCUCCCCAUGCCACAGCGCUUGGGUGUUUGCCUAGAUUACGAUGCAUGCCGGGUGUUCUUCUACGACGCCGACACCAUGAGGUGCCUUUAUGAGAGGCAGGUGGAUUGUUCGGGAACAAUGUAUCCAGCUUUCGGGCUCAUGGGCAGCGGCAAGGUUCAACUGGAAGAGUUCACCACCGCUAAGAGGCUGACCUUCUGAGGAGAGAUGGAGCAUGUGGAUGCAUUGGGAACUGCAUGUUCUGGGAAGAUUUUAAUGACAGGGUGGAGUACAAUCCAAAUAGUUUUUGAUGAAGUCGGAUGUGAGCAGGGCCUUCAGUCCUAAAUGUGAAAAUGGGAUCUCUGCCAGAGACUGACCCAUUUACAGUUGGCAUGUAUAAUGUAUGAUCCAUACACAAGUGUCCACAUACAAAGGUCUUCAGAGGUUGGUAUGUGACAGAUCUUCUCUACAUACCAAAGUCUCUGUAUUUGACCUGGUUUUAAUUGAUCAGCUGUUAAUCUAGUGGAAUUAGCUGCAAUUAGUCUGCAGCUACUUUGAAUCUUUGUUUUUAACAUGAAACGCCUUUGAGCUUACAGUUCCACUUCCUCUUUUGCCAGGUAUAUGUUGAUAGAUUCAUUUGUGAGUAGUAAUUAUUGGGUGGUUUUUAUUUUGUUGGGCUCUUUAACUAUUUGUCUAAAAGUAGCAGCAUAGGUUUAGAUGUAAUCAUGGUGGACCUAAGAGCCUUGUAGCUACUAUACAGCUAGCGCCUUUGUGCCUUUUUUCUUUUUUUUUUUUUUUAAGGAAAUGGGUCCCUUAGUUUGCUCUAGCAAGCAGAUGUUGGUGUCAUUGCACAAGCAUUAUGGAGAUACUUAUCAUAAAUGCUUUAUGUGGGUUUUUAUUGUGGGUAGUUUCAUCACAGACAGGGUGUCAAAGUUAUAAAUGUUAAUGGUAUUCUCUAUACUUCCCUUUUUCCUCUUGACUUGAUCACAGAAAACACUACCGUUCCUCCUCGUCACAGUUGUGUUCAGCUGUUUUUGCACAAUAUUAUGAAUGAAGCCUCACAUAUGAUAAUUUUAACAAUCGUCACGUUUUGAUCACUACCUAGUUAGCUGCUUCACUUUUAAGCGUUGCAGACAUAAUCAGCACAUUAAUGUCUCACAGUGACUGUCGCACUCUCAAAAGCGGUUCACCUUUUACUACAUCAAUGUAAAUCCUGGAGUAGCUCCUUGGAUUUUAAAGCCUCUCACUGUUUGCACAGCACUGAAUGUGACUCAUGCACUAUAAAAUCAGCCAGGUACCAGAACACUGCACUCGUAGUCAACGUCAGCUACACAGCUGCAAAGUCACUAAUAGCCAAAGUGCGUAGGAAGUCGAGGUGCUGACUCGCCACUCUGUGGCCUAGCAGCCUUCAACUGUUUUAAAACACACAAAUGCAGUUCUUCAGGUUCUUACAAUAAGUGCUAUCACAAAACACACGGUUCAGUACUUUUUUUAACUAUCAAAACCACCGUUGACUUGCAGUGCAGAUGCAUAAAGUGUAGCAUAUUACUGUGUCACUGGUGAGAUGGGCUGUCGGACAGAUCACAUGAGUAGUUGAUUGGCUUUUCUUUAAAUCAGCGCAGAUAUUCAAGGCUAAGAGGGCACGCUAGACAGACCGUUUGCUGCUGCACCACACUUAGUUUUUGUACAAGCGUAUACUGCAUCUCUGCCUGCACAUGGGUUUGUUUGUACAUUCAUGUAUAUUUUGAUUUCUGGAGGAUUAGGGUAAUCGCUGUGUGUUUUCUCAGGUUUCUGGCCCUGAUUGGGGCCUAAUGCUACCUACCUCUGUCCAUCAGGCCUGGGAAACCUUAACUGCUGUACCUUUCCUCACAGAAACAAGUUGGGUUUGAUUUUCAGCUUUGUCCGUCAGUCACUUCAAUAUCUCCGCCUUCUCGUUGUCAGAUUAUAAAGUGAUUUUUCUAAAUGUUUGAUUUAAUUUCCAUGUACGUGUUAAUCCAGAGUUUAUUGUUUUCAGUGAAAUAAAGUAAAUCUUAAAUGUUUCAUUAGUUGGUGUUUGCUUGUGGGCUUGAAAGGUGUGUGUGUGUGUGUGUGUGUGUGUGUGUGUGUGUGUGUGUGUGUGUGUGUGUGUGUGUGUGUGUGUGUGUGUGUGUGUGUGUGUGUGUGUGUGUGUGUCACUAUUAGUAGAAGGUAUUGUAAUCAGGUGUUCAACUGCCUUUGUCAAGGGAGUGCUUUUCAAAUGGUACUAACCAUUUCUUCUUCUGCUUUUUUGUGGUGUUGGUUUGAUAAAUCGGUUGAAAUGUUUUGGCUGUAUAAUGUGAAGCACAUUGUGGGUUUUGGGGUUAAAACAUUUCAUGAAUUCAUGCUUUUACAGCUGGACAAACAUUCUCCAGUUUAAAAAAAGUAUUUAUAGGAUUUGUGUAACUGCAUUUGAUCUUGCCGGUGUUUCUGUGAAUUACUCUCACGGACCUGAACCUUGAUUCCCAUAUUUUAAAAUGGACUGUCAACAUCUUUUAAACAAGUCUAUGCAUUUAUGAAUUUGCAGGUUCAGGGUUUUAUUUCCGUCACAAUGCAUUCCUGUUAAUGACGGAACAAACGGGUGAAUGUUGGUUUGUUCCACUGAGUCACAGCACACUCGACUACAAUUUAAGGUUGUGGUUCUAGAAAUCUGAUAAUUGCGACAUCUCAUCUAAAAUUAUAAUGCAUCCUGGCCUUUUUUUCAUUAAUGUACAACCAACUAUUUAGCAGGCUGGCUCUCAAUCUAUUUCCAAGCUUGUACUUUACAAAAUCUGUAGCAUGUCGGCAGUUGUUUGGCUCUGCAGGUGUGUAUAAUGCGUGUGUGUGCAAUAUUGUUAUUAAACAGGCUGUAGAAAAGUUUAGAACUAGGCAUAUCAAGUAGAUUUGCACUCUAAUUAGUUUACUUUGUGGUUUUAAAUGGGCUUUUCCUUAAUACAAACUUUAAACACUACUUGACUUGUAAACUCAAAUUGUUCUGAACUCUAAAUUAGUGACAUUUGUCCGUUUGUUUUCUCCAGAGCAUUUGGAUGUGGUGUGUACGUGGUGGCUUUCUGUACGUAAAGAUGUGGAAAUGUUCUUUGCUAUGAUUCCUGGAAAAUGCUACACUUUAUAAUUUGCUGUGUAUUUCAUUAAAUAAAACUAGUGUUUUUAAA